AUGGAAACGUGUUCUGAAACAUGUAACGCUACGGUAACUCCACCCGCCGAUAAUACUACAAGGGUCACUGCGUAAAAAAUUGUAUCACUCAAAGUGCAAAUUUAUGUUUCCAGUACUGCUGUUUCGUUUUGAAAGAAGCGCAAUGGGAAACCCGCCUUCGUACGACACGGACAGCUGACAGCUUUUUACACUUGACAUUACUUGGGAGUGUUGCGUCGGAAACGCAAAAGUUCUUUACUGACCAAAAAUCGAUUAUUUUUUUUAUCCCAGAACCAGAUAUAACAGGCCACCUCGCUCGCAUAACUUGAUAACCAUAACAAAAACACGAAAUUAAAACUCAAAAUCGAUGCUUUUGUCUUGUUGCGGCGUUACCUCGUGGCAACAUCUGCGCUGUGAUACGACUUAGCAGAAGCGAUCCAAAUCUGCUGUCUUUCUGUUCUAAAACUUCACUCCUUUCUGGAAUAUUCAAGGUAAGAUUAGAUUCCUUAUGGCUAAAAAGUAAUUUGAAAGGGUGUUCAGCCUUUUUUAUGGUUAGGUAAGUGAUCAAAAUACUUUUAAUGUCAGAGAGAUUAAUGCGCUCGAAAUAUUUUGUAAUUUACCUCUUCAAUUUCGGUGAUGGUGUAGGUAUUUCUUGGCCAAGUUAAGGCAGUCUUAUCGCACUUUUACGUUUGUACAUGGUUUAGGGCCUCAAAUAAAACCACGAUGACAAACCAGUGAGAAAAAGUUAGUGUCAGCAGUCAAAUUGAAAGUUACCUAUAUUCUUAAACUGAUUGCACGGUUUGGGCGUCACUGUCAUCUACUCAUUCAAUGAGUGUUAGGUUUUAGAAUAAUUUGUCCUCGAUAUAUAGCACGGUUUGAAUACUGCUGCUACGGAGUUCACUUUCGUUUCAGUGAGGGUUAAUAUAUGUUGCAAGUAGAACGCAAUGCGUGACACAAGUCCGGGAGUUUUAUCGUGACCUGCGAUGAGUGCCAUAAAAGACUUGUCGGACCGCGUGCGAUUCAACGAAGGCACAAUAUACAUUUUGCACAUUAACAUUUUAAAAAUUCUCCCUUUACUGUUAAACUUUUAUAUAAAAUACUCAAAAGGGACAUCAUUUUUGUAAUAAAAUAAAUUAAACUCAGCAUAAUGUUGUUUUACAGCCGUGAAAAUGAGUCAAGGUGAAAAACAAAUCUUUUAUAUUUCGACUUUUUAGUUCUCUGCUCUGAAUCAUUUCAAAGAAUAUGGUAAUUAGUCUUCCAUAAUGGCUACUGACAAUUGCAAGUAACUCUGCCCUCUCAAGAAAGUCAGAGUCCGUAGAAUCGAAUAUGGCUGAAGAAAAAACAAUUUAAAACAGGUCGUCAUGUAGUAAAAUAAAGAACUAAAAACAAGAAAUUGAACAAAGAAACCUUGAGAACGUGUGCCGUGCUCUCUGUCUAUUUUAUUUUUUCCUCCUGAGAAAACAUUCGGGAAUCUAUUAAUCUUUUAAAUAAUCAACUCGAAGUCUUUACAAACAGAAAUUUGUCGUAAAUUUUUCGAAAAUUUUACAUUUAAAACUUUAUGAAAAACUGGUUUAAUAAAUAGCUGGGGAGGCUUAAUGACAACGAAAAACGGCAAAAUUUUUACGAUGGUGUGCAGGUGCCAAUUUUGAUAAUUUAUGUUUGGCACAAUGAAUGAUUCCCCUGUGUGAAUUAAUGAAGUUUGCUAUUUUCCCCUUUGUCCGUUUCUGUUUUGACAAAACAUCCAGUGUAUCAUAAUUGGGUUUAGAGAUAAAGCAAUAAAUUAUCAAUGGCGUCGCUUUUGUUUUCGCUAGACACACUGCACUUUGUUGAGUCCGGUCCGCGGAACAGUUGAGAGGGUUUUAAAUUACUUGAGUUAUGAAUUCGUGGCCAAGAUAUAAAUCUUUUUUUUUUCGUACCGGCUUUCGUCAUUGAUAACUUGAAUUCGAUUAGUUGAACAUGACCGCCACACGUUUAUCGCCUGCAGUAAUAAGUUUGGCACAAAAGUGGAAAGCAGUUCUUUAUUUAAUAUUGAGUCAGUGGUCGAAUUCAAAGUAGACAGACUGCAAAUUAUAGUAGUUGCUAAAAAUUGUGGUUUCUUAUAAUACUAAAUGUAUAUAAAAGCUUUUUGUUCUGUUACAGAUCUACAAAUUCAACAACAUUUUCUUCUAAAAUUUCCUCUCCUCCUAGUUAAAAAAAAGGAACCCAUGGGCGACAGCCAGGGCGUAGUGAAGUUGGAUUGGAACUUUGAAGGAUGGAGGGACAAAACAAAGGCCAUAAAAGAGGAGAUCAAGCGACAAAGCGAAGCCAAUGAGUUGUUCUUCGUCAAAAAUGCCAAAAAGAUCAAUCUGGCCGAUCUUCAAGAGAGCACUGGUAAUAUUUACACGUUUGGAAUCAUGGGAAUGAGUGGGUCUGCUGUGGUCAAUCUUCUGCGUCACGUGAUCAUGGAAUACCGAGAGAAAGACAGCGGUCCUUUCUACCUCAAGUUUGCCGCUGAUAAGAAAUUCAAAGUUGAGCUUAUGCCGACGCCACUUUUACCCGGAAAUGGACUGAUAAAAGUUGUCGGGCGAUUAGAAUACUAUGAUUAUCCAGAAAUGUGCCUUUUGUUGUCCAAAAGCGGGGUGACAAGCAAAGGCCUUGGAGAUAUGUGCUACAAAUUGAACACAAGUGGGAUGAAAUCAGCGCUUUUCAACGCUGUAAGCCCCAUGAACGAACUGCACUUUAUGCUUCUUUUCGAAAUCGCCAGGAGGCUGGUGCGAGGUGCAGAUGGGAAGCCAAUCUCGACUGAUCCGCCGCUAGAUCUACUUCCGGUCGGCGUAAUCAUCGGGCGCAUAAUUGAGAUGUUGCGGUUGGAAAAAGACGCGGCACUAAGCUAUGAAAGAUUAUUUGGAGCACAACAGGAGCUAAACUGGUUUACAGAGCCCAAUAUCAUCCUGAAGCGGAAGAAGAUGCAAGCCAUCAAUAGUUUGUAUUUCGAAAAGUUUGUGAAGGGGCAGGCUGAUGAAGUACCCUUCAUUCGAAGAUUUCUGGAGGAAAACAAAAAUGGAUACAUUAUAAGAACUUUACAGGGCUAUCUUGACGAGUUAGAGGAAGUAUUUGGCAAAAUGUGA